AUGAAUGGGAAUGAUCGAUGUAUUGAUUGGCGUGAUAUUUGUGACAAUGAGCAAGAUUGUAGAGACGGUGAAGAUGAAAGAAAUUGUGAAAAAAUUGAAAUGAAUGGUUGUACGAUAGAACAUGACUUUAGAUGUCGAAACGGAUUAUGUAUAUCAAAAGGGUUUUUAUUCGAUAUGGGUAGAGAGUGUUUAGAUGGCACCGACGAGCAGCGCGUUACGGACUUCCUUCCUUCCUAUCAUCCUAUAGAUGAUAAGUAUAAAGAUUGUUUUCUUGCAUUCUCUAUUGACUGCGACGAAAGAACAUGCGGUAAAGAAAAGUUCUCCUGUGGUGAUGGGCAAUGUAUUGCAUGGAAUGAACGAUUUUCAAAUGAAACGCUCUGUAACAAUUAUCAAGAUGCAUUUCAUAUGUGUGAAUUAAAGAAAAAUAUGCGAGCAAUGAAAACAGGUCAAUGUGAUUGGAAAAUUGAGAAUUUUAUCGGAGAAAACGAUACAUGUCACGAAGCAGUCGUGCGAAGUAGGACGACUGAUUAUUCGAAUGAUAAUGGUUCGCUUAUUAUGUCCUUGUUUAAACAUGUUAGAGAUAAAUGCUCGAAUUCUGGAGUAUUUUAUAAAUAUUUUGAAUCAUAUUCAUUUACACCGUUUAUUGAACCUUACCUUGAAGCUAGUCAAUUUGCAUAUUAUAAUUACGAAAUAGCACAUUUAGUAUUACACCAGUCAACACGUCCUGCUCAAUUUUGUGUUGCUGGUUAUAAACAGACUAAUUGUUCUCAUUAUAUAAAUAUUUAUGAACAAAAUUAUCCUUUUCCACCAUUUGAAUAUCUAUUUGGUAAUGUAAUAAAAAAACACCUGAUAUCAUCGUUCUAUUGUAAUAAUACAUCAUUUUAUUUGUGUCGGACAUCGCAUGAAUGCAUAUCAAAAUAUCGUUUAUUUGACGGUUUUUAUGACUGUAUUGAUAGAUCAGAUGAACGUAAUUAUUCAUUAAUCAGCAGUUUAGACAAGAAAUAUUUGCGAGACAGAUAUCAGUGUGAAACAACACCUGGAUUGGUUUUACCUCAUUUUUUAGGUGAUAAAGAAAAACAAUGUGAAGAUGGAAGUGACGAGAUGAGUUCAGUUGUGAAUUGGCAAAUCAUUUUCUGUGAUGAGGUUCAGCAGCAUUGUAGAUUGAUCAGACAAUCAUGGGCACAAAGAUCUAACAGACUCGCAAUAGACUUCCAUGGCAUAUGCAAUUCCCAUUGGGAUGUACGGAAUGGUUUGGACGAAAUUAACUGCACAGAUUGGGUCUGUGGUACUUCAAGUCAAAUUAAAUACAAAAGAGAUGACGUAGAACUAUGGAAUGGAAACUGUGUUUGGCCUCCUAAACGAUGUGAUGGUAUUUGGAAUUUCAUUGACGGCAGAGACGAACUGAAUUGUGAUGCAGAGCACUCUGCUUAUAAAAUAAAAUUGCCACCAUGUCGAAAUAUAACAACCAAAGAAAUAAUUGAUAUUAAUUCCAAGUGGCGUUUGCGAGGUGAUGUCCAUGUUGAUUGCAUCGGAGGCCAAGACGAGAGAAAUACGUACGCAUGUCAAGAUGGAUUAUCGUUAAAUGAACGAUUUUUAUGUCUAAAUGGCACUUGUAUUGAACAAAUGUACACAUGCGAUGGUUUUAAACAUUGUUUAGAAGGAGAGGAUGAAGAUCUCUACUUAUGUACAAAUCGUUCAGCAAGUUUAUGCCCACCAGGUACUUGCGAGUGUAAUCCGGACCAUCCAUUUCUAAUGGAAUGUAUUUCCAACACUAAACGUUGUGACAAUAUUGUCAACUGCAGAAAUACUAUGGAAGAUGAACGCUUUUGUUACAGAGCGACGCCAGUAGAGGAUGAUAUUAUUAUCCCAGAGACAAAAAGUGCGUCAGAAAAUAAAUUUGCAUGGUAUUGUGAUCGUGGUGUUCUUAUUUUAAGAAGAAACCAACUAGCUUGUUUAUGUCCACCGAGUUACUUUGGUAAUCGUUGCCAGUAUCAUAAUCAUCGCCUCACAGUCGCCGUUGUGUUGGAUGCUAGUACAGUCACAGAUUUCACACGGCGAGCUAAAAUUAGUUUGUUUCCGAUAGUUCGACUAUUAGUAUUAUUAGAAUAUAAAAAUCGGACAAUAGAUCAUUUUAUCAUUACUCAAUUGGCUAAAGCAACUCCAACACAUCGAUUUUAUCUUAAUUAUCCAUGGAUAUUACUCGAACAUAUUCAUUUCGAUCAAAAUUCUCAGUUCAAGAUAAAGUUUUUAUUGUAUAAUAUUGAUAUCGACUAUGUAAAAUUACUGUUCUUUUGGGAAUACGAUGUUGAAUAUCCUUUUCUACCAGCUUAUCGUCUUGCCAAAAUUCUGCAUGUCGAUCUAAGAGAACGUCGACGAUUAUUGCGACAAGUGUGCUCAGGUCAAUGUUUACAUGGUACGUGCUAUCCAAUACUCAAUAAAGAAAAUGAUUAUUAUUGUGACUGUGAAAUUGAAUGGAAUGGUAAAAAUUGUGAUGAAGCAGUUUUAUGGAAGUUAUCGAAUGACACGUUGACUAAUGUUAGCUCAACUUGUGCAAAUAGCAGCAUCUAUUUACCUACCUUUUAUGAUUAUAAUGCAUCAAAAUAUACAAGUUUUAUGUGUAUAUGUCCUGUGAACACAUGGGGUGCAACUUGUAAUUUGAAAAUACCAAAUCAAUGUUCUACUUCUAUAUUUAAAUGUGACAACAAUGGCAUUUGUUUAAGGUAUAAGGAUAAUUUUUAUGAAGACUGGACAAUCUGUCAGUGUCCUGGAAACUCUUACGCUCUGAAUUGUAAGGCUCCAACAAGUGUUGUAACAAUACACAAGAAUGAAAAAUUUUCAAAUCUACCUUCCACAAUUUUCACGGCUAUUGUUCAGGUUGCCGAUAUUGAGGUUCCUUUGCAUUCUUUUGUUACUUAUCAGUCAAAACUAAUAAUAGAUGACAAUUCUCCUAUAACAUACGAAUUAUACGAUAAUGAGAACGGAAUAACUCUUCAAGCAGGAUUUUUCAAAUUAUAUGAAGAAGACAAUGACGGUAACCAUAAAAGCAAUAUUUACCUACUUUAUUUCAUAAAGGUAAGCACUGCCUGAGAUUUAACAUUGUUACUUCUGCUUUUAACAGUAAUGCUGAGAUCAUGCUUUUCUUUCGAAAGAGAUUGUUCAGUCGUAUAAAAACAAACCUUCAACCUUUCAUCUCAAACGCAAGCGUUAGUGGUAAUGAAUAUUCUGAGAAAGUGACGUUUGAGCGUGUUAUAGGUUCGCUCUGACAUUUGAACACAUGUUGCUUUCAGAAAAGAGCGUUCAUUCAACUUUUACCCUAAAUAUACUUAUUUUAGUAUAAUAUAUGUAUGUCUCGGAUCUCCACCCAUCGUUAUCACAUCGCCAAAGAAGUGAGAGGAUGUAACCAAUAACAGCAGUUAUCUGUGAAAAAAAGAUUUAAUUUUCUUGAAACGAUUUUUUAGAUAAUAAUGAUUGAUUUUUGCUAUAUUGUUUUGAAAGUAAUUGUGUUCAAAUGUUGGAGUGGAAUUUGGCACACUUAAACAUCCUAAUGUGUCAGAGUAUUCGAUAUUAGUGACUCUCGUUUUACAUAAAAAGUUACGUUUUGCUUCUUUUAUAUGACUGGACGAUCUUAGUAGCGCGACUAUGGGGGUAGGGCGUGGGGCCAGGACCCAAUUCGAUUUGAGUCUUGGUCCCAUAAGAUUGAACUUCAUGAUUUUCUUAGCUCAAGGUGUGCAAAAAUGUUGUUUGGCUCAGUCUUUUCUCGAAUUAUCAUAGCGUGGCGCACACAGUGGGCAUUUAGGCGGCGUUUUCUGAAAAAAUCGUAGGUGCGAAUUUUUUUGUUUUGAAUAGUGGUGUAUAUAGUAUAAACAAUUCCCUAUUUAAUGAUAAAAAAAUUUUUGUUCUAGCUC